AAUUUUACUUUGUAAAAUUAAGUAUAUUUAAAAUUUACCUGAAGAAAAAGACUUUAACUGUUCAACAACUGGAUAAUAAGAAGAAACAUUGUCUUAGAUAAAUUUUUCCAAAUCUGGCAAAAGCUUUCGUAUUUUGUUAGCAUUUCUACCAUCCAGUCCACCUCCAUUAUACCCAUGUUAAAUAAUUCCAUGCUUUUUUAACCAGAGAGUAACAUCAGGUUCCUUACAGAAGACAUUUGAAAUUUCUGUUAUAAUCUUCAUCAUUAAAUGAAGUUCUGGAGGAGGGAUGAUAUCAAGCACAUACAUCUCUCCAGACUCAAACAAGAGACAUGGAUGUAUAACAUUCUUAUAGAGUUGCAUAGAGCUUUUUUUAAAUCCACUUUUAGCAAAGUUUUCAUGCGUGUUCUUAAGCAUAUUAAAGGUUCUCAGUUCUCCAAGAUUAGUUUUAUCACCAUCACAAAAUAAACAUGAAUAUUUUCCCCAUGUCCUGACAAACCCAAAACUAAGUUGCAUAAUUUAAGAUCUGCAGCAAGGUAAAACUUUAAAUUGUUUAGCUUUGUUUUUCCUAUAAGAAUUUGAAGAUGUGUGGCUUUCGCAAACAUUUUUGGCAAAAGCCAAUAUUAUAACUUUGUUCACUCAAGUAUUCUUGGUUUCUUUGGAGUCAUAAUUUACUUCUCUGUUAAAAACAUUCAUAAUAACUUUUAAAGAUCCUUGGCCACUAUCUAUUCCUAUACGAAUAAUAACAUUCUUGACUUCUAGUCCCCUAUGCAAACAUGAUUAACUAGAGAUACUGGAUCUUUGACAUACACUAGAUCUUUAAUGACAGUUUCAAUAGUUUUAUUUUCUUUAACUUUAUUUUUGGAUAGAAAUUCCACUUUUUCCACUGAGUAAUAGUUAUCUAAGGCAUGUGACAUUAUCUUAAUUUUUUUGGAAGAAUUAGAUUCCACACCUAAUCUACCCAAAUCUUUUCUUAAUUCCAUUGCUAUUGAAUCAAUAGUACAGUCUGACAUUCAUGCUUUCUUUUGAUAUUAUAGAAAGUUUGGGUAGAGUUUUAAGGGUUGGCUUUUUCCCUAUCUGCAGACUUAAAGGAGUUCCUCCAGUCGACAAUGUAACCAGUGUUGUCUAACUCAAUAUUUUUAAAUAGUUGAAUUUCUUUCACAGAUUUGCUAAGUACUUGCUCAACUGUUUUUAAACCUGAAAAUUUGUAAAUAUGUUUUAGGAUUACGUAAAAAUUUAGGUUUAAAAAAACUAUAGUUAAGCUCUUACCUGUUGACAUUAGCAGUGUUUUUAGGUUCUGUACAAUGUCUGUCUUAUUACAGGGAUGUUGAAUUCCAGAUCCAAUUCUCUGAUAACAAGUACAACAAAUUUUAUCUAUAACCUCCUUAUAACCUCCUUUCAGGGUCAUUAAUGUACAUGUUUAAUACAUCUUAAAUAAAUAAAAAAACUAUACUUAUUUAAAAUAUACUUAAUUAAACUAUAAUAAAAGUUAUAAUUUUAUAAAUGUUUUUAACAUAAAUAGUUGAGCUACAUAUAUUUUAUAAAUUUCUUUCUUUAUAAAUUACCUGAAGGUUUAUAAAUUUGGAUUUAUCUCUUGACAUGAUACAGAGCAGGCAAUCAAAUGUUGACACUGUCUCACCUAUAUUUAAAUAUAUAUACAAAUGUUUAUUCAUAUUAUUUAUAGCUUUUAUUAUAUGCAUAAGUAAGUAUAAGUAAAAGUAUUACCUUUAAAUCUCGGAAGUAACUUUAUUCUCUCUGAUGUAAGCAACCACCUCUCUAAAGUAACUAGUGAUAAAGUUUCUCCUUUUUUAGCUGAGUACAAAUAACUCUUGCAGCUUGGACAUAACCCAAUAGGGUUGGAAACAAGUGUCAUAUUAUAGUUAGUGUUGGCAUACAGUUGAAUCAAGAUUAGUAAAGGAUUUCCAGUUACCAGUUCAAUGCAUUUUAAGUUCUUGUCCCACUUUAUUUAUUUUUAAUAAAUAAAGGGGGGCAAGGGAAGGGGGAAAAAGUUGGCCUGAUCCCCUUUAAAAAUUGAUUUUCUCAUCAGGACGUACACCAAAUAAUUUUUCAUAAUAUUGUCUGUAUAAUAGUCCUGAACACUUUGUAAUAAAAAUUUUUUAAGUAAUCAAAUUUUCAACCUAAACGACCUAGAAUUGACUAGUGUUGACGUUGAUCAUUCUGUCUUCCUGCAAAAUUAAAUAAUGGAACGCAAAACGUAUACGAAAAGAUUUCACAGAGAUUCAAGUGAAAAAUGUCAAAGGCUUUUUAGUACUGUUGUUAUAACUGAAAAAGGUCUACCAACCAAAACAGUGGUUCCUUCUCAUUGGGUAAGUUUUGAUAAAUGUAUUAUUGUUUAUUUCCCACCCAAAGGAUACAAAACUCUUGGUACUUAUAUUUCUGAGUGGGCUGUUCCAGAAGCAGGCUGGAAAGAGUAUGAGUUUAUUGAAUUUAUUUUGAAAGCUGGAACAUUGGAGACAUGCAACCAGAUGCUUCAAUUUCAAACAGAAGAUGAGUCAGAAAAUCACGGUUUAUAUUUUUUAUUAUUUAUGUAAUUUCUCUUGAUAAAAAAAUUAUUAUGAGUGUAUAAAUAAUUUUUUUGUAUUAACUGUAAGAAAAAUCAAAUAAAGUUCGAGCGCCCACUCCAGAGCUAGACUUCAUUUUUAAUUCUAAUGAACCUGUGAACAGUGAAUUUUCUCAAAAGCUGAGUGAUAGAUAUUCUAAUACAGAAAAACAGAAAGCAGCACAAGCUCCAAGUCUGUUGCCAGAUUUUCCACCUGAUUUUGUUAACAAAAAUGUUGGAAAACCUUUCGGGAAAUCAAAAGAAGUUCGAGCACCUAGCCCAGAGCUAGACUUAAUUUUUAAUUCUAAUGAACCUAUGAGCAGUGGACUCAUAAGCUGAGCAAUAAAUGUUCAAAUACAGGUAAUUUAAAAAGGAAACAUUCAAAUAUAGGCGAUGGUGGAAUUUCUUUAAAGGAAAUGUCAAACAAGCAAUUUCAAUAUGCAAUUUUCAUGGAACUAACAAGUCAAUUUAAUCAAAUUAAGGAGAAUCAAAAGAAAAUCCUUGAUCGUCUUGAGCUACUUGAAAAUAAUGAUGCGGGACCCAGUGGGUUUGCAACUGCCGAUAUUUUAACAGAACCAAUAGAUACAAUGGAAAGGUUUGAUGAGGAAGAAAAUGUAUUAAACUUCAGUAAAGCAGCUAGGUUUCGAAAGAUUACACAAAAAAAGGGCGUUGGUGGUUCAACGCCACGUCGACUUGUUAAAAAUGUGUUAGACAGCAUAAUGACACAAUCUUUACAAAGCUGCUUCAGUAAAGAUGGAAUAAAAGGAAAACAAAAAUUUGUGGCCACAACUUUAUACAAAUGUUUAAAAAAAGCGCUUAUCUCAGAAAAAGAUGGUUUUGACGUGGGCAAUAUUGAGGCACUUGUUGGCGACUUGUUAAAACGUGCAAUGCCGAAAUUGCAAAAAGAAGGAAUUAAAUAAUAUAAAAAUUCUUUAGUUUUUUUUAAUUAUAGCAUGUAUUUUAACAUUUAAA